UUGGCUCUAGCGAGACACCAUAGUUCCAAGCGCUCUAUGUUUUCCUUUUUAGUUAGCUGCUAGCUUGUUAAGUGAUUCCAAGAAGCUUCAUAAUCUUUGACUGGACUUAUUUUUAGCCAGCGAUUAAAGAGUCGUUGGAGGGUAUUCACUCUAUUCCUGCACACAGAAAGGGUGUAAAUCCACAGACCAAACCAGAGGCUGAUCUAGCUAGGUCAGGAUUAGCCGCUCCUCAGUUCUUGAAAGGAAUCUCUUCUACUACAGACGUUGGGCGGCAUUAGCAAGUUAGCUCGCUACCUAGCAAACGCACUGCAAAGAACCGAUAGUUUUUCACAACAUGUCAUAUCGGAGGACAAUUAAAAUAGUGUGUGGGUUCGCUGGUGGAUCAGCGGUGCUGGUUGUUGCGGCUGCCGCAGCUGAAUACCAGGGCUGUUUCGGCCACACGCGAGCCGCUCGGUGGAGCCUGUUCAAUGUUUUGCGAGCUGCACAGCCAGCGGGGAACCGCACUGUUGAAUCUACUGGAAAUGCCUGGGACUUCAACUGGGAUAAGCGGGACCUGUCCGCACUGUUGACAAAUGGGAAGAAGGAGGUCGUCAGUGAAGACCCAAGCUCAGAGCAGGACAAUGGGAAACCCAAAGCCACACGCAACAUCCUCCUCAUCAGACACUCCCAGUACAACCUGAGUGGGAGUGGAGACCAUGAGAGAAUCCUUACCCCUUUAGGUCGGGAGCAGGCUGAGUUUACUGGCCAGCGGUUGGCUGCCCUUGGGUUAAAGUAUGACAUCAUGGUCCACUCCACUAUGGCCAGGGCCACCGAGACUGCCAACAUCAUCAGCAAAUACCUCCCAGGGGUGGAGCUGGUGAGCUGUGAUUUGCUAAGAGAAGGAGCACCCAUCGAACCUGUGCCUCCUGUCACCCACUGGAAGCCUGACGCUGUGCAGUACCACGAGGACGGGGCCCGAAUCGAGGCUGCUUUCCGCCGCUACAUCCACCGCGCUGAUCCCAAGCAGAAGGAGGACAGCUAUGAGAUCAUCGUCUGUCAUGCCAAUGUCAUCCGCUAUUUUGUGUGCAGGGCCCUGCAGUUCCCUCCAGAGGGCUGGCUGAGGAUUGGGCUGAACAACGGCAGCAUCACCUGGCUCACCGUGCGCCCCAGCGGCAGGGUGGCACUGAGGACACUGGGAGACUCAGGGUUCAUGCCCCCGGACAAACUCACACGGACCUGACCAUGUUCCACCUACAGUAUUCACUCGUUCUCUUUCUGAGAGGUUCAGAUGUCAGUCGCAGGGUGAACUGAAUGGCUCUUGAUUUCUGCUUAAGUGUCUUGAAAGUUAUUUUUGGUGUUAAUUUUGUAACUUCAAUGUGCAAUGAGAUAUUCUGUGGUGUUUUGUUGUGAUCAACUCCCCUGCCAUCGUUUGCCAACUAGGGGAAAGUGGGGUUAGUUGAGCCAACGCUUGUUUCUAGGAAACCAUGCACAAAACUAAUCAUGUGACCAAAUUUUUAGGAAGAGGCCAUCAUUUCAUGGAGUCUGGGAAGGAAGAAACCAUAUGGUAAGCAAGUUAGGGUCCAAAAACAGAUUUUCACAAAGUUAAAUGAAUUUGUGUUAUAAGUUCCAUGAUAAUUUAGCAGGUGCUUAUGUUUGUCCUAUUUCACACAUCUACAAAUGUGUAUUAAUACACGUGAUUUGGAAAUGUUUUUGUUGUUGUACAUCACACCUCCCCCUGAGACACACUCAGAGUUGGGUCACAGCCAGGGUCUGCCAUGAUCAACAAUGACUGUGGAGCAAUUAGGGUUAAGUUCCUUGCUCAAGGGAACAUCAAGAGAUUCUUUUUUUACGUUGCGACUCUGGUAUUUGAUUUCAGUCACUGGCCCAACGCUCUAACUACUAGGCCAUCUGAUGCUUGUAUCUAGACCUAUGUAGAUAGUUUUAAGAUUGUUUUGUACAGCAGUUGGGGUCUUUACAAGCUACAAUAUGAGGUCCUAAACCUAGCAUGAAAGUGCAUCCUUGUAGCUGUGUGGGCUAAUAUAGUCAAAAUGUUUGCCUUGGGGUAACUUGAGCCAAUACCACCAUGACAAAUUAUGAUUGCAUUUUGUCAGUUUUAUACAUAAUAUGCAUAGUAUUUUUGCAAUGUGUCAUGCAUAUGAACUCAAGAUAGGGAAUUUGUAUUGAUACAGAGCAGACAUUAUCAUGCCUGUGUAUAGAAUUGUAAAACAAGAAGGGAUCUAGCCCCCCCUUGAGGUUCUUGACAGAGCAGCCAAGGAAGUGAGAGAAGGAGCAGCAGCAAGGAAUGAAAACAUACACUGAAGAGGUACAGUAACAAACAUGUACCUGUGUGAAAAUGAGUCUGUGGCAGAGGAACACAAGGUCUCAUCUGAUGACUUGGAGUCUGAGCUUGAUAAACAAAUCAAGAAUCUCGCGGACCAGUUUCAUGGGCUUAGUAGCCUCAAAUGCAGAGAACUUGAACUUGGCAGAUUGAAACAUCCCUGUCCCAGAUAACUGGUUAAGAGAUGGAAGGGUAAGUGAUAUUGAACAGCGAGAUCUUUAUCUGAAAGUAGGCAUACGUUUAAGACAUUCAAUAUACCACAACCCUCCUUCCAUUAAUUCAACUUUGACCUACCAGCACCACCACCCACUUACCCCAAGGCGGCUCAAUUUACCCCAUACCUGGGUAGGUUGUGCCAAGAGUCCACUUUUUCUGGACAAGCUGUGUUUUCAAAAAUGUUAUGUUUAUUUCCAGGAAUACACGAAAAUAAAGGAGAGCCGCACACUCUAGGAGCUCAGAUGCAAAAAUGUAAUUACCAACGUUUCAACAGCAAAGCUGUCUUCAUCAGAGUAUAUUUCCAGGAAUACACAACAUCGUGAAAUAUAUGUAGAUAUCAUUGUUCGAAAGAAUACUAUAUUUCCCUUGACAUAGUGAUGCUGAAUGUAAAAGUUGCUCAACAUACACCACUCUCCCCUACAGAGUGAAAGGGGAGUAUACAGAGUAUGUUGUGCCCUUCCUGUCUUGAUUUUGUAUUAAACUGAAGGGGAUUUUGUACUGAUUCAGGUUUCUCAAUGAACUGUUGCUGUAACCAGAUCCCUUAACUCAGAAAGCUGAUGUGCUGAUGACUGUCCGGGCCCACUCAACACUUAUUAUGGAUGGAAACGGUAUGCGAGUUUCAUACACGAAGUGAUAGGAAUUUUAAACCAAAAUCAUUUGUCCAAAGUAUGGCAUAUUUACUGUAGUUCUGUAAAUGCUUCUCAUGCUGUCCUUUUGUAUUUGGAUCAAAGCUUCCUCUUAGGUUUAGAUACAGUUGUGUUCAGUAGAAACAUGCAAUAAAGGACAGACACAUGGUCA